AUGCUCCCAGCUUGGCUCACUUUCUGUAUCUACCUGUUCUAUGGUGUCCCGUCAUUUAUCCUCUACAUCCUAACCUUCUAUAUUAUACUCCGCUACCGUAAGACUUUUCACUCAUCUUUUUUCCAUCUCUACUUGUUCGAUGGCGCCUUGAACCUCUUCACGUUUCUUAAUAAUUAUUUCAAAACUCGAAUCCCCGGAAUCACUGGAUACAACAGCUUCAUCGGUGCAUUCUAUAGAAUUAUUGCUGACACGAUCCUGCUAGACUUCACUAUGCUGAUGAAUUUCCACAUGGCUUAUGUUCAGUAUGCAAUUACUACUUUGGUUUCGUUGAAUCGUUUGUCCGUUAUGCUCAAGUACACUACUUUUGAGCCGCUCUGGCGGAAGUACACCUGGAUCGCUAUCGUUUUGAUAUGUUUUGUUCCAUUGUUGAAUACUGAAGUCGUCUUACACUACGAUACUCAAUUGGCCUACUUGAAUAUAACGGACACUUAUUCAAUAACAACAAAUAUGCCGAUCGAUGAAGUCUUCUCCAUCUGCAUUCCCUUCAUGAUUAUUUCCACAGUCCUCUCCGUCGUCAUCAACUUCAUCAGUGUCAUAGUUGUCCGAAACCUGCAAACCCAGAUUCGCUACAAAGUAGAAUCCAACUUCAUCAUGAUCACAUGUAUCACUUGUCUCGUUCAACUCUGUGGGACUGUGUUAAGUGUAGUCAGAGUCAAGUUAGUUGAAACCGACGCUGCAAUGAUGUUAGCCACGUUUAUCCCGUUGAUCAGUGACGGGUUGAGUCUGGUGCAACCGUGGCUGCUUUUGGCCUUUAGUCAUGUUGUUCGAGAAAAGAUCAUUGGAAUCAUUUCUUGGAAGAAGCUGAAGAAAAGUGCAGUUUAUAUUUUAAAGUCGACAACAUACGUCUGA